GGGAUUGUCUGAGGUACAAUCUAGCGGGUAAAGAAAAAUCGGAGUGGCCAGUGGCCUCAGGCACAAGCUUGCUGGAAUAGAGGAAGGAAGCUGUAAAGUAAAGCCCGGUAGAAACUUGACAGGAUGAGGCAGGUAAAUUUGAUUCGUAGUGAGAGGAAAGGAGAAAAAAGUGGAGGACAUCAAGCGAUACAGUUGUGAGUAAAGGAUGAGGCUAGCAGAGUGGCCACUGGUCACUGGUGUGUGUGGAUUGUGUAAGGUGUAAAGCCUUGUUACUCUCAUCACUCAUGGCCUCUUCUCUUCUUUCAUUCUCUCUCCCCAAAUCAAACUUGAUCAAGGCCUGCUCUUCCCCUCCUACUGCAACCUCCACCCUCUCCAUCCCGGACACUCUUGACCAAAAAUUUGGUCGCAAAGGCAUUAAAUUCUUGGAAUCUGGCAAUGUUCCACUGGUUGAGCUGACUGUUAGAAAUGGCAGUUCUCUCCGGCUUCGAAUACCAGAUGGCCUUGUCACCUCUUACAAGCCCAAAGUCAACUGGAAGGAUGAUGGGUUUGAGGAGGUUCUUUACACUCUCCCUGCAGCUGCCUCAGAUUCUACCAAGCCCAAAGGUGGGAUUGGUUUGGUCAUCAAUGAUGUAUCCGACCCUGCUUCCAAACUCUCUCCCCUCUCCACUGAAUGGGCUGUGAAGGAUGUUGAUUCUGAUGCCAUUGAUGCUCUCCAGGUUGAAUUGAGCUGCACCAGUGGAACUCUUGAUAUAACCUAUGUUGUCUCACUCUAUCCAGAAAGCAUGGCAACAGCAGUUCUUGUUAAUAACAAUGGCCGCAAGCCUGUGUCUCUUACCAGUGCAAUGCUUAGCCAUUUCAAAUUUAAGAGACGAGGUGGAGCAGCGAUCCAAGGGCUCAAGGGCUGCUCUUACUGCUCACACCCUCCUUUAUCUUCACCCUUUGAGAUUUUAUCUCCUGCUGAAGCAAUGAAAACUGAGUCUCCUGGCUGGUUCUCUUUUGAUUCUGAGUCUGAAAAAAAACGGGGCUCCUGGACCGUACAAGAUGAUCCAUACAUCAUUUUGAAGAAUAAACUGAGUAGAGUAUACACAACCCCACCAACAGAAAGAUUGAAGGAGUUCUACGACACCCCACCUUCAAAAUAUGAGACCAUUGAUCAGGGCCGUGAGCUUUUCUUCAGGGUAAUACGCAUUGGUUAUGAAGACAUCUACUUGUCCAGCCCUGGUUCCCUCUCAGAGAAGUAUGGGAAGGACUAUUUUAUCUGCACUGGCCCUGCGUCAAUUCUGGUGCCUGUGGUUGUGAACCCUGGUGAAGGGUGGAGAGCAGCACAAGUUAUUGAGCAUGACAAUUUGUAAUUACAUUUUUUAAAGAUAGAAUCAAAAUUCCAUUUUAUUUUCUUUUCAAUUUUUUUCUUGAACCUGGAUCCGUUUUUCUUUUUUAAAAUCAAAGUUGUAAUAAUAUAGUUAUAUUGUCUACGGUCAUAUUUGAAUUUCCAAUGGAUGAAAUUCAGGAUUCAUGCGUA